GUUCCGGCGUGCCCGCUGCCGCACGUGUCGCAUCACGGCAGACCGCGUGGCAGCCAACCAGCAUUCCCUCCUGCGGCCCGCCGUCGCCCUCCCCCUCUCCGUCGGCGGCGAAAAUCCCCGCUUCCGUUCCGUCGCCACCCUCCUCUCCCCCUCCAGGGGUUUAAUUCCCAGGGGAAUUUCCGACCGUCUCCUGCCUGCCUACGGCGAAACUCCAUUCACGAAGAACUACUCACAGACCACUGAGGCUCUUGGCACACCGGUCUCUGGCCAGCAGGAUAGGAUGCAGCAGGUUCAGCACACGGUUCAGACGCAUGGAUAUGGGCUGGCCAGAAAGCACACGUAUGACUGGGUCGUUCUUAUUCUCCUAGCUGCUGUCGUGGUCGUCCUGCAUUAUGCUCCCCCGUUUAACCGGUUCGUCGGGAAGGAUAUAAUGACUGAUAUUAGGUACCCGGUGAAACAGAGUACUGUGCCUGCAUGGGCUGUCCCUGUGAUCUCUAUGCUGUGUCCUGUGCUUGUCUUCAUAGCACUGUAUGUUGCUAGAAGAGAUGUCUAUGAUCUUCACCACGCAACGCUAGGUGUUAUUUUUGCUGUGAUGAUCACUGCCGCUUUCACUGAUGUGAUAAAGAAUGCAGUAGGGAGACCAAGGCCAGACUUCUUUUGGCGGUGUUUUCCUGAUGGAAGGCAGGUAUAUGAUCAAGUGACUGGUGGUGUGAUUUGCCAUGGCAAGAAAGGUUUCUUAACCGAUGGGCGCAAGAGUUUUCCUAGUGGACACACGUCGUGGUCUUUUGCUGGAUUUGGGUUUUUGUCACUAUACUUAUCUGGCAAAAUUCAGGCAUUUGAUCGCAAAGGUCACGUGGCAAAGCUUUGCAUCGUGAUUCUUCCUCUACUUCUCGCUUCACUUGUUGGGAUUUCUAGAAUAGACAACUAUCGACACCACUGGGAGGACGUGUUUGUCGGUGGCCUGAUUGGAUAUAUCGUGGCAGUGCUGUGCUAUUUGCACUUCUUUCCUCCUCCAUAUCACCAUCAAGGCUGGGGGCCCUAUGCAUACUUCCACAUGCUGGAGGAGCUUGAGGCGGCCAAUUCAAAUAAUGCACAAAACCAACAGCCUGCAGGUGAGCAUCAUAUCGGAUUGACCGGCCAACACCAUAACGGGAGAUCAAGAAAUGAUUUGGAAUCUGGAACUGUGUAACUCACCCCUCCGUGUAGCGUACCUUCUACAGUAAGCAUGCUUAAUUUUUUUUAAUGUGUGCACUCAGCAAGUAUUAGGAGUUUAGAACUAGAUAUGUGCUAUCUCCACCUCAUGUUUAUGCCCGUUCAUCUUGUGUACAAAUAUCGCCCGCUCAGUUUAUUCUGACCUAGUUGUUCUAGGACCACCUGUUGUAUCUAAAUCAUGUGUUAACGUCGUAGUGGCUGGUGGAA